GAGCCAUAUAUUGGAGACAAUGUCUGGAAGCUUCUACUUCGUGAUUGUUGGCCACCAUGACAAUCCAGUUUUUGAAAUGGAGUUUCUGCCACCUGGAAAAGCAGAAUCCAAAGACGACCAUCGUCAUCUGAACCAGUUCAUAGCUCAUGCUGCCCUUGACCUGGUGGAUGAGAAUAUGUGGCUGUCAAACAACAUGUACUUGAAAACUGUGGACAAGUUCAAUGAGUGGUUUGUUUCAGCAUUUGUUACUGCAGGUCAUAUGAGAUUUAUUAUGCUUCAUGAUGUAAGACAAGAAGAUGGAAUAAAGAACUUCUUUACUGAUGUCUAUGAACUAUACAUAAAGUUUGCAAUGAAUCCAUUUUAUGAACCAAAUUCUCCUAUUCGAUCCAGUGCAUUUGACAGAAAAGUUCAGUUUCUUGGAAAGAAACACCUCUUAAGCUAAGCGCAGAAAAAUUCGGAAAUAAACAAUGUCGCUACAAUGGAAUAUACUCAGGAAUGUGUACAUUGUAAGUUACUUGAUUAAAUAGCCUGGGAAAGUUUUACUUGUAGUGUUAAUUUAUUUAAGCCUAGUGAAAUUCCUUAUAGAUAAAAAUAGUACAGUUUCUUAGUAUUAUCAAUCCUAUAUAAUAAAAGGCCAGCGACCGAACGGCAGAACGACCAGUCGACCAGUCGCUAUGACACGUAUUGACCACCAGGGGGCAGACGCUCAACAGAGGAACUGCCCCCUGGCAGUCAGUGCGCUCCCACAGUGGGCUGAUCCCCACAGGCCAUACCCCUCACCAGUGCACAAAUCUCGUGCACUGGGCCUCUAGUAGAUUAAUAUUUGCUUCUGAACAGUUAUUUAUAAGGAUGUCUUUAUCAAUAUCCUUGAAACAUCUUUGAAAAUCUGAGAAUAAGCUUUUGACUUUCCUCAUUCAUAUAGCUUGAUCUUGAUGUAACAAUCCAGAACCAAAUGUCAUUGUCAAGAUUUGGUAGAUGUAAAACUAAAGCAUCUGCAGUGAGGAAUAAAGUUGGUAGGACAUACAUGGGCUUACCCAUACCUCUAGAGAUGAUAUAAAAAUGUAUAGGCACUGUGCAUAGCCCUACCCAAGAAGCUGAAGUAAACAGCGUGUGCAGUGCCCAGUGCCAUGUACCUGCCGCUGUUCGGGAUGGGACAGUGAUCCUGCUGUCAUUCUGAAAUCCGGGAUCCAUGUCUGUAAAAUGGGUGACUGGGCCCAAAGUGCAGGGUUGUGCUCUUUUCUUUCCUUUCCCUUCGUAUGCUAACGAUUUAAUGAACCUGUUGAUAAUCUGUAUUAGUAAAAAGCUGUAAAGACAGAAAAGCUUGUAUUACAUUAACAUUCGCACUCCUAGCCUGUUAGGCUGUGCACCAGAGGGUCGGGAGUGGGCUUUUUUACUGUAAGGAGUGUGGGACCUUACUGUAAACGAGUAGAUGUCUAUCGAAAAGCAAGUAAUAUAAGCACAUAUUUUCCGUGCUACUUGUGAGCACUUGAAGAAUUUUCUUCCAUUCUGAAUAACUUGAGCAAGUAAUUCUAAGUUUGUUCUUGUAUCUUUGUGUGAAGUUGCUACUAUGAUUUUUUUACCCUAUUUAUUUGAUUUACUAAAUAAAGAUGUUUGUCCAAGA